GUGAUGCCCUCAAACCUUUAUUCCCAAAAUUGGGGGCUGUGACUGGUGGGUGGCUGCUAUACAAAUCUGCAGGUGGAUGGGGUAGCCAAAAACUCUCUCUUGUGGCUCCUGAUGACACUGGCUAUACAGGCAUGAUCUUGAAGUCUGUAAGUCGUGGGGCUAAAAAUCUAUUCAUAGCCCCAAUUCAAGAGGAACUCAGCACAAAUCCCCUACCACUGACUGAUGAAGCAUUCAGUAGCAUGCCAAAAGCCACAUGUCAGACGUGUGGAGUUGCAGUUCCUGUUCCACUCCUGACGGAACACAUCAAGUCUUGUGGUGUCAUGUAUGUUGGCAGUGAUGAUAACCUGGCUGAUGUGGAAAGCAGUGAGCCUGAAGACAGGAAAUCAGAUAUGCACGAAUGUCCUGUCUGCACAGAAAUGUUUACUACUGACUUUAUUGAGGUACACGCUUCUUCAUGUGUGGAAAGGGCAGGAAAAGAGGUGUGCAAUGAAAGCAUUGUAAUUGAGGAAGAGCAAGCGGCAAUGCCUGGACCAUCCGGAACUUGUGCAACUGCUACAGAUGACUGGUUAACUAUCAGUGACCCCACCAAGGCCAUAUCUCAGUGUGCUGACAGUUUUCUGCGUAUUCAUCAAACUGAGAGCCCCUUACUUCUCAGCAUGGACAUCAGAAAAAGCCCUGCUGAACAGGACAUGGCACUAAUCUCCUUCUACAAGCGAAAUCAUGUGGAAUGGGGACGGCCUCUGAAUUGCAAACUUGAAGGAGAUACUGCUAUUGGACAGGGUGUAACUCGCUUCUUUUUCUCAACAUGCAUGGAAAAAUUGAAGUCAGGGUUUUCCAUCAAUUUUGCAAACUCAAAUGUUACGCGGCUUUUGGAAGGAGAGACUGGCCAUUUGGUUCCCUCAGCCUCUCACUUUCUUGUUGAAAGUGAUAUGUUCAUGGUGGCGGGGAGAAUGGUAGGCCACUCCUUUCUACAUGGCGGACCAUGCCUGUUGGGAAUCAGCCCUGCAGUGAUUCAUGUCCUACUUGGUGGAAGUCCUGAAACUGCAACUGUUACACUUGAAGACUGUCCAGACCUGGAUAUCAGAGAAACAAUCGGACUUGUAAUAGGACGUGUCACAAGGCAAAUUAAGCAGCUGAGACGAGGUCUUAAAGAAACCCCAAUGUGGACACUGUUGACCCAAAGACCAGACACAGUGGCUUUGCUUUUUCCUGAAGAGGGAGCAGGAAAUUUCAGCCCUGAGGUGCUUCUUCAUCGACUCACAUGGCCUUGUGAGGAUAGUGACGAUGAUGACGAUUGUUCAGUUGACACCAAAUGCCGCAUAUCGGGCUAUCUUCGACAGUUCAUUGCUAAUGCAACACCAACUGAACUGACCAACCUGGUAAAAUUCUGGACCGGAUGGGAGAUCCUACCACCAAGUCUCUCUGUAGAAGUGGUCGAGGGCAGAUACCCCACAGCCUCCACUUGCUUUGAGACCCUGCGCAUCCCAGGGCAUUACAAGGAUUACACAUCUUUUAAAUGUGACAUCCUGGCCUGUAUUUACAGUUGCCAUACAGGAUUUGGUCUUGUGUGAGACAUUUGGCCUGUAGCCUUGUAAGACAAGAUUGGAUGUUAAAAUGCUUGUUAGUUCUGUUAAAAGAACUGUUGGAUGUUAAAAUGCUUGUUAGUUCUGUUAAAAGAACUGUUGGAUGUUAAAAUGCUUGUUAGUUCUGUUAAAAGAACUGUUGGAUGUUAAAAUGCUUGUUAGUUCUGUUAAAAGAACUGUUGGAUGUUAAAAUGCUUGUUAGUUCUGUUAAAAGAACUGUUGGAUGUUAAAAUGCUUGUUAGUUCUGUUAAAAGAACUGUUGGAUGUUAAAAUGCUUGUUAGUUCUGUUAAAAGACCUGUUGUAAAAAACUCAGCACUCUAAAAGAAAACGUUGUGCAAGUUAAUGUAUUAAAUAUUUUCUCACUGUUACGGUACUUUGCAGUAACCUUUGCCAAUAAAUGGUCAAUUCAUAAGGUAAA